AUGGGGAAUUGCGCGUCAGUGAAGCGAGGGCACAUCCCGGUGCUCGUCGGCGAGGGGGAGGAGCGGAAGAGGGUUCUGGUGCACAGGAAGGUUCUUCAGCACCCCUACUUCACCGGGCUGCUGGAGCUCGCGGCCAUGGAGUUUGGGCAUGAUCAGAAGGGCGUGCUCAGGAUCCCCUGCGACAUCAGAUGCUUCCACACGAUAGUUCAGCUCAUCAGAAGCAGAACACGGAGGAGGAAGGUGACGGUCUCAUGCCUCCUUUUCCUCAAGCUGAUGUAUUGUAACAGUCAGAAAGAGUGA